GCAAGUCAUGUGAUUUUAAGGAAGCAUGAAAUUGUAUUCAGAGAACAGAACGCGUGUUGCAGAAAUUGCAUUAAGAACGAAUUUUUUUCUCAGCUCUUCCAAUCUACGACACUAUUAAUAAUGGCAUGGACGAAAUAUCAGCUACUUUUGGCAGGAAUGAUGCUUAUCACCGGUUCAAUCAACACUUUAUCCGCCAAAUGGGCUGAUAACUUUUCUGCCAAAGGAUGUAAGGAAACCCCAGAACAUCAGUUUUCACAUCCCUUCCUCCAGGCUGUUGGCAUGUUCUUGGGUGAGCUUUCGUGUCUGGCAGUAUUCCAUAUUUUACUUUGUCAACAAAAAAGGAAACCAGAACCGAGUUUGUAUUCUACCCAGCCAUUUAACCCUUUUCUCUUCUUGCCACCAGCCCUAUGUGACAUGACAGCCACAUCUAUCAUGUAUGUAGCGCUCAACAUGACCAGUGCAUCGAGCUUCCAAAUGCUUCGAGGAGCAGUGAUCAUCUUCACUGGACUACUCUCUGUGGCUUUCCUGGGAAGAAAACUAUUAACCAGCCAAUGGAUUGGAAUCUUCAUCACCAUUGCUGGUCUAGUGGUAGUUGGACUAUCAGAUUUUGUGAGUGGGAAGAAAGAUGACAGUCACACACAAAGUCAAGUCAUUACAGGAGACCUUCUCAUUAUCAUGGCACAAAUCAUUGCUGCAGUACAAAUGGUGCUGGAAGAGAAAUUUGUUUACAAACAUGAUGUUCAUCCAUUGAGAGCAGUUGGCACAGAAGGGCUUUUUGGCUUUGUCAUUCUUUCCAUCCUACUCAUCCCAAUGUUUUAUAUUCCGGUUGGAAGUUUCAGCAGCAACCCCCAGCAUCAGGUCCUGGAAGAUGCUCUGGAUGCUUUUUGCCAGAUGCACAAUCAGCCUUUAAUCAUUCUGGCAUUGCUGGGCAACAUUAUUAGUAUUGCUUUCUUUAACUUUGCUGGUAUCAGUGUUACUAAGGAGAUCAGUGCCACUACACGAAUGGUAUUAGACAGUCUAAGAACUAUUGUUAUCUGGAUAGUAAGCCUGGCUGUAGGCUGGGAAAGCUUCCAAUGGCUGCAGAUUUUAGGCUUCAUUAUCUUAAUUACAGGGGCUUCUCUUUAUAAUGGACUCCACAAGACUAUAAUUGAGAAAAGUCCAUGGUGUGCAAAAUUGAUGAACCCAGCAUCUGACAGAGAGAGAAUCUUACCAGAAAAUGAGACAGCUGAAGAAGAAUAAUGCUAAACAGAAUAUAUAGAUUCAUGUUUUCAGAAAUUUUUAAAGGUUUCUUUAUAGGCUUUUUGUUUAAACAAUGUUUUUAUAAUUUUUAGUGAAUGGCUGGCACUUCUAAAAUGAAAAAAUAAGUAAAUUUGUAUGUCACUUAUACACAUUAAUAUUUUGUGAGAGAGAGUUCAAAACAGAUUAUGUGACGUAAUUAGUGCUGAGUUCAUGAUUUCAUAUAAUAAUUAACAGUACACUUCUCUAAAGGAAAUACUUUAUUACCAUUAAAGCAUUGUCUAACUUGGUUCCUUCAAAUACAGUACCUCAUCAGCUCAUACAAUACAUGUGACGUGCUAGGGAAAACGUAAGGUUAUAUUUUCAUUCCUCUGAAUUUUUGGUAUACACUGAUUUAUUAUGCAGGCACUUAUAUAUAAAGUAUAUUAAAAAUCACAUUGGCAUGACUGUUUACAUAUUUAUAUAAACAUGUCAGGCCAAAAGAUUUUAAUUUCCUGGACAUUUUAUAUACUUCAUCUGGGUUUCACAGAAAAAGUAAGACAUAUUCAGCAAGUGCAAGCAGUACUUUACAGGAGUUGUUUUGUGAUCAACUUAAUGAGAUUAGCACUGCAGCAGCUCACAGAAUCUUCACAAUAGGAUACCAAAGACUACUACAACAAAGAUGUAGAAGAUCAUUUUGAAGUGGUGGAUAAAUAGUGAGAGAAUCACUCAUGCUCCUUAUUCUAAUUUUUCACUAAGCUUUUUCAGCAGUUUUUUGAAGCCUUGGGAGAAUAUCAGUGCAAAGAGAAAUUACUACUGAGAUGAAACUACACCAUGCCCAAAUAAACCUUCCAUUUAAGGUUGCUUAGAGCUUUGAUGAAAGUGAAAAUGAAAUACUGGGGAAACAAAAAAGAUCGUUAUAAGAAAUCUUGUACUAAAUUGGUAUACACAAAAUGUUUUGAAAAUUUAAGAAUACUCCUUAAGCAUAUAUCUGAAAGGCACUAAGAAUAACUGAAAAAAAUUAUAAAAAUGAUUAGCCCUUCCAACACCUUGUUAAUGUGCAUAAAUAACUUCUGGUGUAUGAAAAGGGGGAUGUUUCAAUGAUAGCAUAAUUUAAUAAAAGCAUGGUGCGAAGAAAGUACAGUUUUUGUGCUUGUGGCAGAAAUGGAAAAGUCCAAGGAUAGCUAACUAAUGAGGGGUAAAAUUAUUCAUAUGGUGUCAAAGAGUUGGCAGUUCUACAUAUAAAUUGCCCAGAAAAUGACUGGCGCUUUUAGUGGCAGACUGAUUAGUAUUCAGAGAAAAAGAGAAAUGGGCAGGGUGGAGUAGUGCUGUUAAAAAAAAUUAUGAGAUUGAAAAUAAAGUUUUGGAAAACAGGUGAUGGGCCACACUCAUCAGACCAUGAAGAGUAGGCUUUAAGUGAACAGUUUAUAUUAUGCAUUUGUUUUUAAUUGUAAAUACCACUUUAGUUUUGUCCACAUAAGUACUGUCAGGUUGGUCAUCCUCAGUCUCUGCUAAGUCUAUUUGGUCAAGUAGUUUGCUACUGAGUUGGGCAAUGUUGUGUAGUACACAAGUUGCAAUCAUCUUCAUAAUUUUUCUAGAGAGAAUACUGUAGGCCACGUCUUGACUGAUAUAAGCUUUAAAGUGACCUUUCCUUAAAUCAGUACCUCUCUCAACAGUUUGUCUUGUGUAUAUUCCAUUUUGCUGCUCUCCUCUGCCAAGGAUAAUUGGUAUGCAACAGGUGUGGGAUAGGAAAUACAUACUGGCUACCAAAAGCCCCACACCACAAAAUUCACAUUUUUUUUUGCUACCUGCUUAGCAUUUCAAUAUCUACUCAUAUUACUGCAUGUUGUUUUUCUCCUGGACACUUCGUUAUGACUUGCUUCAUAUUAAACUUGCUUUCACAAUGAUUUGCACAUUUAAGAAAAGUUGUCCUUUUCUAUAAACAUAGUUUUUAGACUCAUCGGUGGGGGAAUUUAAUCCUAAUAUGUGCUAUCAAAAGCACAAGUUACAUUUGCAAAGGCACAAAUUGCAUGAAAACCUUUUUGAACUGUCUAAGGGCCUUGUUAUAUGCUGUGAUGCAAUGAGUGACAAGGUACAGCACACAAUAGUACCUGAGGGCCUAACUGAGAAAUUGAUAAGGUACCUCCAAGAACAAUUGAAAAAGAGCUGCUAGUAAAGUAUCUUAAAGUAACCAAAACUGGUAAUUCUGUGAUCAGAGUUCAUUGCCAUUUUGUUUAUCUUUUAAUGUACUGUCAGAAUAUAAAUGUACUCUUUUUUUAAACAAUUUUUUUUUUACUGUUUUCUCUGCACCUACUCUGUCAAAUGUAUUUUUAUUACUUCUUAGUCUUUUGCUCACUUCUUUGGUGUGUUUAUUUUUGUUGCAGAAUAUUGCAGUGUCUUAAGAACAUGGCCUGUGGUAAAACAUCAGCAGAUUCACACCAUAAGUCUCUGUGAAUCUAAGUUUUGUUGAAAGAUAGUAAUAGUUUUGAAAACUUGAAAACUCUUCUCACCAGUAUAAUGCAUCAACUAGCAGAAAGAAAUCAAUACAACAUACGAUCAAACAAGAUUAUAGUUUAUCAAUGUUAGUCAAACUAACAUAAUGAAAACCUUAAUAAUUUUCUUCCAUUUCACAACUAUACAAUUUUAAAAAUAACUAGAGUAAUGCAAGCAAGGUUAGCUAGGAAUCGUACAGUUUAAAUUCUUGCUUGCUUCACUGUACCCUGUACAUUUUUUCAUCUUAACUUAAAACUGCUGAGCUUAAGAAAGGAACUAGUGGUGAUAAUAUACAUGCAACAUACAUAAUUUCUAAAUAGAAACAAAAUUAAUAGUAGGGUAAUGUGGCACAGUGGUUAAGGCUUUGGACUUCAGACCCUGUGGUUGUGAGUUCAGAUCUUGCCACUGACAUUAUGUGACCCUGAGCAGUUCACUUCACUCACCUUUGCUCCAGUUGGAAAAAGAAAUGUAACAAUUGCAUCUUAAAAGUUGUAAGUCGCUGUGGAUAAAGGUGUCGGCCAAAUAAGUAAAUGUAAUACUGUUAAGAAGAAUUUAUAUUUUAGAAACAUCAAAAAACAGGCUUUGCUAAUACACUGAUUGUCCAUAUUUGUAAAUAUUACUCCAACAUACAGUAUAUAAGUAACAAGAACUGGAGGUGUAAAAGAACUGCACAUAGAAAUAAUUCAUCAUCCUUUGAAAUUUCCAAUAUACUAUUGGAUAAAAAAAAUGAAAAGAAAAAAAAAUUAUAAACAUAAAUUAAAAAUAUGAAUUUUGCAUAUUAAUGUUGUUACAUGGAAUUCUCUGACAAUCCUUCACCGUUAUAUGUGCGGAUCAUACAGGAUAAGUUCUGUUAUCCUCCUUUUAUCUUAUUCCUCAUUGCUUAUGUAGGUAGUGGCUUUCAUAGAAAAUCUGUUUAGUCAGUUAAUUUUACAUUUAUUUUCCCAUUUUCCCUUGUUAAUCAUAGUUUUAAUUUUUUUUAAUUUUUAAUUAAUUUUUUUUAAUUAAUUUUUAAUUUUUUUUUCUUUAAAAUUUGUUCAAUAAAUGAAUUUGUAAAUAGUGUCAAUUUGGGCCAUUUUUCAAUAACUGGUUUGUAAAAAAUUAAAAAUAUACUUAGAGCAAUUAGUUAUUUGUCACCCUUUCGUAAGUUGAGAGCAAAUUAGGACAUUAAAAUGUUCUUAUGAGAGCAGGCCAUUCAGCCCAGCAAGCUUAUCAAUAAUUUUUAAAGGCCCCAAAGUACUAUUAAAAUAUUCAACAUUAUAAAUAACACAAAAAUUAGUCAUGAAAUUAUAAAGUCUGAUUAACAUAAUACAGUAUGUUUCAUCAAAUAUCAUUUUUAUAAACUACUUCUUAUUUUUGUGUGUGUGAAAACUAGAAUGUGAGUCAAAAUUAAGAUUUUACUCAUGAUAUUCUGUUAAACUCUUCUCACAUUCAUCUUAUUUUAAGAUCUGAUGUAACUAAGUAAACAGUAAAAUUUAAGUGAUGAUAGUCAGGGGCUGUGCUUUAAGACUGCAGUUAAGGAUACCCUAGUCAAUAUAUUACUUAGGACUAGGACGUGCAUUUUUUUCUUUGUUUAACGAGAAAACACCUUUAGUAAUUUUUUCAUAUUUUUAUGUUACAGCUGCUAUGUUUUCAAAGCACUAAUAGUGCCUUGAAGCUUUGCUGGUACUGACAGUGCCUCAUUUUUACAGUAUAACUGAAAUAUAUACUGUCAUUAUAAAACAAUUACUCAAUUUCAAGGUUUAAUUUAUUAUUUUUCAAAAUCUUAAGACUUCAUAUGUUGUGUUUUUGAGAUGUAUGUGACAGUUCCUUUGUUAAUUUGAUUAACUUUGAACAUUUCACAUUGUAAGUUACAGUAGCUGGCAAGUACAAACUGAAUUAUGAUUACAUUUGUCAAGUAAGCCAUGUAAAUUGCAAGAUUUUCUUUUUUUUUUUUUACAGAGAGGUCGCAUAACAUUAUACUAUACAUUACACAUACAUUUCUCAUAGCUUUAUACUUCAUGUCACUGGUUAAAAUCAUGAAAUGUAUUAUUGCAGAAAAUUCUUAUAUUGUAUAAUGGUUUCUGCAUUACAUUAAACUUAAUUUCAUACAGUAAGUUUAAUAAAUGAAGUCUUCAUUAAUUUUAUACUGUUUUUAGGUAGAAAGGCAUUAUUCAUAAUAAAAAGUAAAACAAAUAGUUGUAUUUAGGGAAACUACUUGUAUAUCAUGCUGCCAUAUGUGUGUGCACUUUUGUAAAUCUGUAGUAUUUGACCUGGAGUUUACAUCUAUGCAAAAUUAAAAAAAAACAGAUUUUUACAAGAAUGUGAUAAGGGAUAUUAUCUGUAAAAAUAAAAAGGAUCACUGAAUCAUCUUAUGUUUAUCAUUUUUUGUUAUGUCAAAGACUGCAAAAGUCAAAUAUUAACUGAAAGUGACAAGUUUCAAGGAAGUUUUCAAAUAGAGAUGUUAUUAGUAUUCUUUUUUUAGUAUGUUUUUCUUUGAAAAGUUUAAAUGUGUAUAUAGAUGUUUAUGAUCCCAUCUGCAAAAAAAAUGUAUCUUAUCUAUAAAAAGUCGAUGGUUGAUAAAAUGUUUUCUAUAAAACAGGGCCAUUUGCAUUUUAUAAAUAAAUAAUCAUGUUCAAAAUAAAUACUUCUACUGUGAUUAUGUUAAAUCUGGCUGAAUAUUGAUGAUGUAAGUUAGAAACUGUGCAAGUUUAAUUGUAACAGAGCACCAAAUGCCAAAAAAAUAAAAAACAGAAGAAUAUUACACAUCUUA